ACGGUAUAUUUGUCCCCGAUCGUCAGAUGUCUGUUCGAUCAGCUGAUUGAGCGUCCAGCCAGCAACGCUUGGAAAACGGAACGCCAAGCUGUCAAGCAAUGCAUACAGACGCGUUAUUUCUGUACAUUUUCAUUGUUCAGAUGCUGUUGGCAAAAGGAGAUUUUUCAAAUAAUGGAAAUUUCAAUACAUGAAAAGAUGCAUGGGCCACUUGAUUUCAUUAGGAGCAGUUACAUUCUCAAAGAAAAAACUUGAUAAAGGAUUGAACUGAAAGAUGAGGAUAGAAAUGUCACAAACAUGUAGGCAUGGAAAUAUGAGGAAUCUUGAAUGGAUAGGAAAACAGCAAUAGAAUAAUACAGAAAAUAUCUUAUUAUAUUAAGAAAACUUGAAUUGGAUCUGGGUUUCAAAAACCUUGAAAAUUUAAUGAAGUUGAGGUACCAGAUCCAGAAAUAAUUUAGAUCACUUUUAUAAUUACCAGUCAGUAGGAAUCAACAAAUGUUGAACCAAUGGAAUAAAAAUAUAUAAAUAAAAUGUUGGAAACAACCAAUUACAGGAAAUUGGAAAUAAAAUUAUUCAGCCUUUACAUAUUCAGAAUGAAGGAAAAUUGGAUAAAAACAAAAAUCUUCAAUACAUAAUUGUUUCAGUGCAAGUGGAGAUAUCCUUUAUAGAAGAAAUUUGAUCAUACACGUAAUUUUCUACUUUGGUUAAAAAUAAUCCUCACUAUUGAUUAUUCUAUUUUUCAAGUGACCACCCCCCUAUCACAUAAUGGAAUCUUCCAACAUAUUACUUCUGAAAAAUAUAUUUCCCAGAAUAAAACCCUGAAAAAAAAAUAUACACAUCAUUUUUUCCAAAAUGUUUUGAAAGUAUAAGUCUAAUAACCCAUUUUUUCAUUAAUCUCUUAGUAAUCAUUGUCGCAAGUCGAAAUUUAAUUAACCGGCUGCCAUGAUGGAUCUGACAUGCCCAACCGGCGAACUGAAAUAACCCAGCUUUUCAUCGCUCGUUUGAAGUAUUUAUUGGUCCUAAGUGUAAAUAAAUCACACUAAAAAAAUCCUUAUUUAUCGUACUUUAUUUUUGUGGUACUAUUUGUUGUGCUAUUUCACAAUUUUGAUAGAAAAAAGAGGUUAAAUUAAAAGUCACUUGUACGACAUGUGCAGAGUUAUAGAAUUCCUGAUGCAGUUGUUUUUACCGUUCUUCAGUCGACCAAUGGUACGCGGGCGGGAAUCACACGUGACUUGCGCUAUCCAAUCAUGAGCGCGCUAUUUGAAUUCCCUCUUCGUUCUUUGUGGUUAACUGCGAGUUUGUGUACAUUCGCAGGGUGUUGUGUACUGUCAGUGUUGAAUUUUAUAUUAAUGCAUAAUAUUCGUGGAAAUACGAUUAGACAUUAAUUAUUGACAGUAGAUAAUUAGUUGAAUAACCUCAACAUGUCGGCAAUGGAUCUCUAUUGGAGUGCUUUAGAUUCUAUAUCCUUCCAAGAAAACAUGCUGGAUAUUGAUAUAAAAUCUGAAAUAGAAACUUUGGUCGGAGGUCAUAGCGAUUUUCCCAGUUUCAAUUUUACUGACCUGCCUCCACUGGAAUUCGAGGAAGUGCAAGAUAUCAAGUGGUUUUCAUCGAACUCAGAUCUAUCUAAUUCAAGUUUAAACAUGGAUUUCUGUGGAGAUGAUAGGACAACAAUGGUUAAUCCAAAUGCUGUUAUGCCACUUGUUAGUUUAUCACAGAAUGUUAGAUCUCCAUCACCUUCUCUCAAAGAAAGUCAUUUAACAUUCUCUCCGUCUAUUUUGAAAAUUUCAACCAUAAAACAAGAAGCAACCGUUGUCAAGAAAGAUCUGAUCCGAAGCUUGAACGAUGUUGAAGAAAAACCAGUAUUGAAAACUAUAACCAAAGUUACUCCAAUCCUUGCCAAACCGACAGUCAAAACAUUAACUAAACCACCCACUGUAUUGACAUUCAGAAAUGCUGUAGCGAAACCAAUAAACAUAACUCAAGUUAAUAAUAUUACUACUGUUAGGACAGUAGUUCCUACAAAUGCCAACAGGAAGAUUUUUAAUAAUAACAAUAGAGUUAUUAUUGAAGAUGACGAACGAGCAUAUCCUAAACCAGCAUACAGUUAUAGUUGUCUAAUUGCAAUGGCUUUGAAGAAUAGUCAUAGCGGAAGUUUGCCUGUAUCAGAAAUUUAUAAUUUUAUGUGCAAGCAUUUCCCCUAUUUUAAAACUGCUCCCAGCGGAUGGAAGAAUUCAGUUAGGCAUAAUUUAUCGCUCAAUAAAUGUUUCGAAAAAAUCGAAAAGCCACCCAUAAAUGGGGCACAAAGAAAGGGAUGUUUAUGGGCUAUGAAUCCUGCUAAAAUCAGCAAAAUGGACGAGGAAGUCCAAAAAUGGUCUAGGAAGGACCCUUCAGCCAUCAAAAAGGCUAUGGUAUACCCAGAACAUCUGGAAGCACUAGAGAGAGGGGAGAUGAAAUUCUCAUGCAGCUACGAUGAAAGUGAUACCUACGUCGAUUCCUGUGGAAGUGCAGAAAGUGAACAGUCCGAUUCAGAGCAAGAGGUGGAAGCAGAAGUUGAUAAUAAUAUCAAUACCGAAUAUGAAUAUGUUGAUAUUCAUGUUAAAAAUGAAGUCGACGAAUACGAUAUUCAGGUGUCAGAAGAUGGUUAUGAAGACUUGGAAGAUCAUCAAGAAAUGCUCCGGGUGGAGGUGGCGCUAGCGCAAAAAGAACUUUUUGAAUACGAAAGGACGAUCAACAACAAACGUAGAAAGACCUACAUCAUUCAAAAUUGAACUAAUGUAAGUAGAUGGCGAUCAAGAAGCCUGUUUCCGAGUCACAUGACACCUCUAAAGAAAAGUGAUGCUGUGUAAGAUUGGUGAUAACUGUACAUAUAUGUAUUUUCUUUCCUGCCCAUAUAUCUCGUAAGAAUAUAAUAUUAGGUCAGAAUUAGGUCAAGACUGUUUUUUUUUUUUAUAAGAUACAGUGGCGAAAUCUUAUGAAAAUUCAUUGUUGCCAGCUGUGCAAUAUAUUUUAAACGGUUCUCCAAUUUUCGAGGCGUUUUAUAGAAUGGGAAAACUGUUUGAAAUUUAAUUAUUUACCCUUUUUGUGGGUAACACAAUGAUUACGCAGUUCUUCUGUUGAUUACAGUUAGAAAUUAUUUGGAAGUCGGAGUGAAAUAAAAUCGAAUGUGAUUCAUUAAUAUUCUCUUCCAGAAAUGUUCCUUAUUCUACAUGUAUAUUGGUUUUUAGUAUGGAGUUUUAUUAUAUGUAUUUAUUUUUUAUAUUUUCAGUCUUCAUUAAAAAUAUUCGACGUCCAGAUUUUAAAGCAGCUGUGUAUAAAUUGUUUUAUUUUUAGAGAUUUUGUACAAAAUUAUAUCAGUAAUCCGUUUACAUGAAUCAAUUACGAAUUAAUUUGAAAUUAUAUGUAUAUAUUUUUUUGCGUUUUGAGAGGCUUUCAGUCGAGAUAUCUCACAAAUGGGAUAGGCCAAACUGAAAAAUUAAGUUCUAUAAAUCUUUUGUAUAAUGCUAUGCUACUUUUUUUUAUAACUACUCCCGAAAAAUAAUUUGAUAUUCCAGGACAAUUAUUGUAGUGAAUAUAAAUUAUUUUUCUCUAUUUGUAUCGCUAGAGUGAAAAUAUUUCCCACAGGAUGAAAUUGGAAGCUCUAGUGUUUCAACAUAGGUGGCUAUAAUAAAACUACCAUUCUACAAAAGAUUCGACACGACAUUCCUCAAAAUAUGAUUUUUUUUAGUUGUGAUAAAAUAUUCUUCUGAAUUUGAAUGAAAAAAUUAUAUUAUUGUCAUGAAAUUCAGAUGUUUUUCGCAAAGUAUUCAACAGAAGAAUUCUUUUGUAUUAUCAAGCAGAAGUAAAAUUGGACCAUUCAAAAAUUUAGAAUACAGACAAUCUCAAAUAUUUUUUUUCAACGUCCGGAGAAAUUAAGAUAAAAGCACUUCUGAAAACGGUCCAGGAAUUUUCUGAUAAUUUAAAAUACUAGUAAGUAGCGACUAUUUCUUCCAUUAGAAUGUAUUUUUGUAUUUGACCUUCUAUCUGAAGCGAAA